GCUACACUGGUUAAACUUUCUUGAGAUUAUUGGGACUAUCUGUGAUUAUCCGAUUAACCAUACAGUUGGUUACAACUGCCUUCGAAAAAACUCGAAUCUUCAACGAAAUUAAGGAUUACUCAAACUGACUUCGAUGCUCAUUCUCCUAAUUAAUCAGUAACCAAUAAAAUAAAUUACAAUGAGGAACUAAAUUCAGUAAACUGCAACGUAUCAGGCAUUGUUUGUUGAUAAAUUUUGUCACUGAUGCUUGUUCGUAAGUCCGUUAUCUUCACAUUUUCCUGUCGGUUGUCACCUUGUUCAAACGGUUUAUGGGUACAGCCUAAACGAUUUGCAUCGUAAAGCCACUGAAGAAAUCGAACAAAGAAUCACAUUUAAAACAAGACGGAAGUGUGAUAUUUUCUGAAGAUUUUAUAAAAUACAUUGCCCAAGGAAGCGUUUUAUUUGAAGUUUGUAUUCUGUUAUGGAGGAAUCUUCGUCUAUGUACAGCUAUUUCUCGUGGUCUUUGGAGUUGUUUGGAAUUUUAUCAUUAUAUUUAUCGGUUGUAAUCCCGUUUGUUUUGCUGAGUAGCUACUUCAGGAACAGAUACAAAUUGCACAUUUCCAACGACAGCACGGGUUCUUGGCAUGCAAAAGCAAUGUACAUAUGUUUCGUACCUGACGUUUAUUCUAUAGAACACGUUCAGAAUGAGGCGGAUCUACCGAUCCCGAUAGUUAUGUCUACAACGCGACACGGACUGCAUUCAAAGCUGACAUGCUUGGAAUGCAUCGAUUCCUAUCUACAUUUCAAUCGUAGUACCUCUAGCAGGACUUCGAAACAAUACUAUAUAUUAUUGGCAUUUUGCUUUUUUGGUCUACAAUCAUCCUACUUGUUAUGGGGAGUAUUACAAGAGAGAAUUAUGACCAAAAUGUAUGACAAUGAGAGGUUUAAAAAUCCACAGUAUCUUGUUUUCUGUAAUCGUGCAAUGGCAUUAAUUAUUUUGAUACCUCUACACUUUCUACAUAUUGGGUUACUUGUUAACCCUUGGAAAAAAGGUCAAAAAGCUCCCUUCAUCGAGUUUGCAUAUGCUUCUAUCAGUAAUGUGAUCAGUAGCUGGUGUCAGUAUGAGGCCCUCAUUUAUAUUUCCUUUCCUAGCCAGGUUAUUCUUAAAGCCUGCAAGGUUUUACCAGUAAUGUUUAUGGGUAGAUUUAUUCAAAAGAAACUGUAUAGUUGGCAAGAAUAUUUUACAGCUGCUAUUAUUUGUUUGGGUAUGGUUAUGUUUUUUUACACUAAUCCUGAACAAACUCAACUUCCAAAUGAAAAGAUUGAUAAUACUCAAUUUCUAUUAUCAUUUAGUGGAUAUCUAUUGAUUAUUGGCUAUAUUGUUUGCGAUUCCUUCACAUCAAAUUGGCAAGAUUAUAUGUUUCAAACAUAUAAACUCACUUCUUUACAAGUAAUGGCUGGUGUCAAUAUUUGGUCUAUAUUUCUCACUUUAAUCUCAUUAAUUGUACAUGGUGAAUUAAUUUCAAGUAUACUAUUUGGAUUAAAUCGUCCUAAAUUUAUUUUCGAUGUUCUAACAUCAUCAUUAUGUUCAGCAUUUGGUCAAUUGUUCAUUUUCCUUACUUUGUCUCAAUUUGGAGCGGCCACAUUUGUAUUAAUCAUGACAUUAAGACUUGGUCUAUCUAUGAUACUUUCAUGUAUUAUUUUCUCUCAUGAAUUACAUCCGAUUGCUAUAUGUGGUGUAGUGGUUGUUUUCUUUGGUUUAUUUUCAAAAAUGUUUUUGCGUCAGAAAAAACCUCUUUCACUGGAAACUUGUGGUAUACCUGGUGGUAAGUGAUGACUAUCGAUGCAUUAUUAUUUCCUGUUUAAGUUAUUCCUCUUCUCUUUUUAAUAUUCAUUUCCUUUUUUCAACUUCGUUAGAAAGAUUUCCAUGUUCACAUGCUAUUUGUUGUACUUCUUGUUUUAGGAACCAGAAUUCUGUUUAUUUGUAUAUAUACAUAUAAGUAUACUUGUGACACAUUAAGUCCCUCAUUUUCGAUUCCUGUCAGAUAGGGAAUACAUUCAUGUUCUAAUGCUUCUUACAAAUCAAAGUUAUUCGUUGUCUGUGAUAUUUUAGCUUACUGCCUUAUUAUGAUGUAUGUUUUACACAUAUCCUAAGAGAAGAAACUUAUUAUUAUUCGUUUAUUUAUUUUAUCAUGUUAUUUUCCUCUUUCUAUAUGUAUUGUCGAGUAGUUCUUUGAUUAAAUUGUACUUAUGAAUAUAUUUGUAUGGUUUCAUGUCUUUGAGUUCUAACUGAGAUACUUUCACGUUUUUGUUUAUUAUUCUGUUACUACAAUUUACCUAUAGAUAUAGACACUACUUCUACAUUGGAAACAAACCAACAAGAUUGACAUAUGUUUCUACCCUCUACUAUUUUAGCUAGACGUAUUAUUGUUUAUCGGACGAUGGAGAAACUUUUAAAGUUACUGUUUUAUACUAACCAGUAAUUUACGUUGACCAUUCCCAUCACCCUGUUCGAGUCGUAGUUUUCAAAUCUUUAGUAAUGUGAUCAAACUCAAAACAAUCUCUUACUCCAUUUCAUUUUUGUAAGAGAUUUCGAAAUGAAGGCAGUCAUUAAAGGUGAACUUCCGUUUGUUUAAUAACGAAUAAUAGUUUUAGGGGAAGAAAACACAUCAAUUGUCAUUGUAUGGAGUCUAAAGGUAAGUACCAUAUAAUUGCGAUACAUUAAAACAUUUUGGUUACCAGAGCUUUUCAUUCGAAUUUCAUGCAACAUGAUACAUAAUAUGUCGGUCCAAGGUUGACAUACAUUUAACAAGUAUGUCAUCUGACAAUUGUGCGUUAAAUAUGACUACUAUUUUCACCAAUACUGAUCUCUUGUAUCUUUUAUUGGAGCUAGAUAAUAUAAACAACUAUAGCUGAUUGUUUACAAUUCCACUCAGUGCGUCUAGCUGAUCAAGCGUAUGUUGAUGAAAGGUCUCAAAUUAUUAGAAAUGAAUGAUUCAGUGAAUUUAUAUGUUGACUUGAAAUAUAGGAUUAAGGUUCAUUUCGAUAAACUAUACAGAAAUGUUUGAGUCAACACUUCCCUAAUAUCCGUUAAAUCAUACAUCAUUUUACCGCUACAUAAAUCUUCCUAUUUACACUGACUUAUUGCUCAAAUAAUCACCCUAUGGUCAUCCAGUUAGUAUAAUUAAGCCGUGAAUAUAUAUGUUUAGUAAAAUAAGCAGUCACAACCAAAUGCAUAUACAUCAAGUUGAUUAUGCCUGUAAACUGGCAUGAAUUCUGUAAUUAUUAUUUUCAGGAUAUAUUAUUUAUUGUAUUCUGAAUAAUAUAAGCUGCUAAUUUAUCCACUUAUAAUCUAUAUAGUUCUUCCUAGUACUAUAAAUUUUAUUCAGUAUCCAAGCUACAUCGUUAUAUUAUUAAAAAGACAUAUUGAGACAAAACGAUCUGACUUUAAAUAACAAUUCGAAUAAAACAUCUUGGAUUAGUGCCCUAGUCUCACCUUACUGCCAUGGUAUAAGAAAAAAUUUUUAAUCCACUUUGGAAAGAGACAGAAUUAAAGAUUUCUAUAAAAUAAGCAACGCUUUUAAAUACUCUAGCUCGAACUAGUGAAAAGAUCUCACUUAUAUAUACAGAAAACUGUUUGGUUGUAUCGAUUGUGAUGCGUUUUACGUUAGAGUCCUCGUAAAAUUUCGACUCGACUCAACAAACUCUUGAGCUACACAAAAAGACUUCACAAUCCCGUGGAACUGAGAAAUCCACAAUCUAAAUGGGCAUUAGCAGUAUAUAUUAUAUUCGAUGACCACCAAAUCAUUGUAAAGAAUAUCCAAAUAAUUCAGAAAGGUUUUUCCAACGAUAGAAAAGGCGAGUAACCGAAGCGUUUCAUAUAAUGCUAAAUCCCUUCCCCUCAGUUAGAAAGAAGUUAUACCUAUUCAUUCAACUUGGACUCUGUCCAAACAACCACAUUUGAUUCUAUUCAUUCGUCACACGACCAGCACACACAUACCAGCAAUUUCAAGCUUAAUGCUUCAUAUAACAAAUUUUAAAUUUUUCUUACCCAUCUCAUACUGAAUCACCUUGAUUAAAAUUAACAAUUACAUGGGCACGUUCAUACCUAUUAUGGUUUUGAUUGUACUAAAGAUAUUCUGCUUUGCUUCAUUUGUACUAUUUAAACUUGUUUCAAUUUUAUUUCAGUCAUUUAUUUAUAUACUCUGAAGAAGUGACUUAAAUCACAGUGUCAAGAAUACAGAUUUCAUUAGGAUAUCACGAAAAAUAUAUUUAUCAUUAAAAUCGUUAUUGUUUUUAUGAGUAAUUGUGUAGUAAUAAUUUCUAAUAAACACGUUUUUAUUACACAGGGAUUUGUUAAAAGUCAGAGUGUUUUUGAAAACUGUUUUCUCCAAAUUUAAGACUGUCGGGACUUAUGUAUGAACGAACCUAUGAACUUCAGGUAUCAUGGGUAAGCAAAUGAAAAUACUGAUUGUAGAUCUAGGUAUCCAUAGUGAAAAAUUCAGUCACUAUUAUAACUUGAUUCUUAUCCGACAUCAAUAGUGAGCUACUCUUAACCUGAAGUUGACUCUAAAAAUUCCAGUUUUUGGAAACUUUUCUCAAAGUUAUCCACUAAUGGACAUGCUACUAUUAAUGGAUUACGUAGUUUUGUAUAAUUUGGAGUAAUUUUCACAAGUCUGAGGAGUUAUUUUUCCCUAAAAACUAAUUACUGAGCAUUUUACUCUACAAUCCCUUCGAAAAACCUUACCUCAUUUAAUAUUCAAACCAGAAAUAUAAUUAACACAAAUUCUUUGUAGUUUUAACUCAUUCAAUUAUACAAUAGGACUAUAAUGCAUAACAACUUAUGAAUCUUACUUUUAUAAUCCUUCAUUCAUACCGGUCAGUGUAAUAGUGUCAAAUCAGUGUCAUUCGUAUGUUGUGUUUCAUAUAAUUUACUUGGUCAAACGAAUUUCGAUUAUAAUCUCGUGAUCAUAAUUUAUCCGAUACAUUAGUUAACGGUUAUCAGAAAUAUUAGUUCAAAAUAAUAUUUAAUUAAAAUGUCCUGAAUAAGUCAAACCCUGGUCAUAGCUCAGAUAUUGAAUCUAUUUCUAAUGCAUUUCAUAGUGAAUAAUGUGGCAAAUGAAACUCUUAAUCGAUUUAUUAUUAAAGCAAUUUCAAAA